CUUAAAAUUUCAUUUUUGAAAAUUUUCAUUUAACUAAUCCUUUUCUUACAACAAAACGACGUAGCGUUUAACCUUUGCAUUGAAUUGAGAUUUUGAGAACUGAGAACGACAUGUCGUUUUCACAUCUGGUUUCUUUCUCCAUCCAUAGUAGCGCAAACCAUUCUCUUUUUCUCUCUCUCUCCAACCAGAGCAUCAGAGCUCAACAAUGGCUCCUCCCAAACUACUCUCCCCACUAUUUCCAUGGCUAAUCAUACUCACUAUUUUCCUUCUUUUCCUUUACUCUUCUCUCCUCCCAUUUCAAUCACCUGCUUCUACUUCUUCUUCUUCUUCUUCUUCUUCUUCUUCUUCUUCUUCUUCUUCUUCUUCUUCAAACUCACCUCUUACCAAGAUCCAUACUUUACCCACCUGCAAUUUCUUCAAAGGCCACUGGGCUACGGACCCCAAUCGAAUACCCAUCUACGAUGAAACAUGCCCUUUUCAUAGAAACGCUUGGAACUGUCUAAGGAACCAGAGAGCCAACAUGGGUAGAAUCAAUUCCUGGAAAUGGGUUCCCGAAACUUGUGAUCUUCCACGGAUCGACCCGUUUCGGUUUCUGAGUCUGAUGAAGAAUAUGAAUAUUGGGUUUGUUGGUGAUUCUUUGAAUGAGAAUUUUUUGGUGUCUUUUUUGUGUAUUUUGAGAGUGGCUGAUAUGGGUGCAAAGAAGUGGAAAAAGAAAGGAGCUUGGAGAGGAGCUUAUUUUCCCAAGUUUAAUGUCACUGUUGCUUACCAUCGAGCUGUUUUGCUUGCUAAAUAUGAGUGGCAGCCAAAACAACCCUCAGAUGGUGACCAAGAUGGAUUAAAAGGAAUUCAUCGGGUAGAUGUGGACACUCCUGCAUCUGAUUGGGCUAGCAUUGGUGAUUUCUAUGAUGUUCUUGUUUUCAACACCGGCCAUUGGUGGGGUUUUGAUAAAUUCCCUAAAGAUAAACCUCUUGUUUUCUAUCAAGCUGGUCAGCCGAUACAUCCUCCACCUAACAUGCUGGAUGGGCUUAAAUUAGUUCUUGAGAAUAUGGCGUCAUAUAUUCAAAAAGAUAUUCCCCGCAAGACACUCAAGUUCUGGCGGUUGCAAUCACCGAGGCAUUUCUAUGGUGGUGAUUGGAAUCAAAAUGGAAGUUGCAUGUUCAAUGAUCCACUUGAAGAGCUUCAGCUUGACUCAUGGUUUGACCCCAGAAACAAUGGAGUAAAUAAAGAAGCAAGAAUUCUGAACCGUCUGAUUAAUGAUUCAGUUCAAGGUACCGAUAUCCAAUUGCUCGACUUGACUCAUUUGAGCGAAUUCAGAGCGGAUGCUCAUCCUGCUGUAUGGUUGGGCAAGAAAGAUGCAGUGGCAAUCUGGGGUCAAGACUGCAUGCAUUGGUGCUUACCAGGUUUACCAGACACUUGGGUUGACAUCUUAUCUGAACUGAUUCGAAUCGGCUUGAAGACAGGAUGAUCAACGAGGAACACGAAAAAGUAGUUUUACAGGCUUCAAAAGAGUAUAUAUAUAGCAGAGUUUCAGGGAAUUGGGUUGAGAAGAUUAUUUCCAUUCAUGGAGUUUGGCAAGGAUUUUGUCAUUGCAUUCUUGAGUUGAGUGCUACAGCCAUAGCCAUAGCCAUACAUACAAUUGAUUGUUCUCCAAAUCCAAGCAUGGACAAAAGAGUUAAUGUUACUCUACAUUUUCUGGUUUGUUAUUGUCAAAUUGAUAAAUCAUUUAAUUGAUUAUGUUAUGUAUAGCUUUCUAUCAUUAGUUCA